AUGCUAGCAGGAUCAUCUCAUGCGGUAGCCAGUUUCAGCUGGCCAGUCUCAAGGAAGAACAGCAGCAGAUCUAGGCAGACGGUGCCAGCCGCAUCUUGUUCAGCCACCGUUCCGCAGACAUCUGCGCGUCUCAAUCCAGCUGCAUCCUUGUAUGAUGUUCUUGGACUCUCAUGCAAGGCAUCAGCCGAUGAUAUCAAGGCAGCUUACAGAAGACUGGCUAGGACUUACCACCCUGAUGUCGUAGCCUCUGACGAUAAGAAUGAGUCCACCUCCCACUUCAUGGCGAUCCAUUGUGCAUACUCCACACUGUCUGAUCCUGAACAAAGAGCUGAAUACGAUAGAAAAUUGUCUGCAAAGCGAACACCUUUUCGCACAAGCAUCUAUGGCGGAAGCAGACGGACAUGGGAGACAGAUCAAUGUUGGUGA